UUAAUGUUAUCUUGAUUGUCUAUUUCACCGACCUGCCAUUGGGUUCGACAACUCGUCUCGAUGCCAGUGUACUCAUAUUCUCUGCGCAUGAGCCCCUUCCACUAUUCUGACCACACCUAGCACAUUUCCUUCACCGGAAGCAGCAUCUCCAAAAUGGAAGGCCUGCUGGGAUCCAGAAUGACUGAGGCACCAAACCUUGCAUGCCUGCCUGCUGAGUGCUUCCCUCGCGAGAAAUCGUCCCAUCUUGCGUGGCGUUCCAGGUGCAGGACACUGCCAACAGCUGGGGAACAGGAAGGAACACUGGCUGCUGAACUUCGACUCGCUCAAGAGCCCAUGUGGUGACUUUAACUGAGUUCCAUGUGUUCGAAGUUCAAGUUACUAGUGAAGCUUCACAUCACAUUCUUAGAACUUGAAGAGAUAGACAUCUUACAAUAGCAAUAGAGACUAACUUAACAUUAAAUUGGAUUACCG